AUGACUGCUCCAUGGCCUUUUGUGGCUUGGGGAAUGGACGUAAUUGAAUCAACUGAACCAAAAGCCUCGAAUGGACAUAGGUUUAUCUUGAUAAUUGUCACGGAUAAUGCUACAAAUCUUAAUAGCCAUCUGAUGCAAAAAGUAUGCCAGCAAUUUAAGAUUAUGUAUCGAAAUUCAACUCCUUAUCGUCCAAAGGCGAAUGGAGCUGUAAAAGAUGCCAGCAAGAACUUAAAGAAAAUACUCUGUAAGAUGGUGCAGGGUUCCCGACAAUGGAAUGAAAAGUUACCUUUUGCUUUAUUGGGUUAUCGUACUACAGUUUGGACUUCAAUUGGUGCAACUCCUUACUUGUUGGUGUACGGAACUGAAGUAGUUAUACCUGCGGAGAUUGAAAUUGUAUCUCUUCGAGUAGUUGUAGAAGCUGAAAUUGAUAAUGACCAAUGGGUCAAGACUCAUUUGGAGCAAUUAAGUUUGAUUGAUGAGAAAAUAUUAACAUCAAUUGAAGCCAAAGGCAAAUUUUCUCCUAAUUGGCAUGGACCAUUCAUGGUGAAGAAACAGUUACUUAAUGGCGCGUUAUAUCUGACUGACAUAGAAGGCAAAAUGGAAGGAAUGUCGAUCAAUGUUGAUGCAGUUAAAAGAUUUUAUGUAUGA